AUGCAGGUGCUCGGUGCUGCUCCACUGAUUGUGUGUCUUUUGGCGAUCAUUAGUCCGGCUGCAGCCGAUCCUCUGUGGAGUCUGGAUCAGUUUGGAGCCUACUUCAGUGGCAUCUUUCGCUCCAUUGUGGGUCCCAUCUUUGGCUUUGGUUUGGGCACCAAUAGCACCGCCUUAUAAUUAUCUGCUUACCGCACCA